GUGAAAUGGCGGCGCCCCAGGAAGUUAGUGGUGAUACGGUUCUCUCAAAAGCGGAGUAUCUUAAACGAUAUUUGGGAGAAGAUGACAGCAGAAACGGCAGCGAGAAGAAGAAAAAGAAUAAGCGAAUUAAACCUACUGGGAAGGGGAUGAAAAUCGUGGAUGACGAUAUAGACUGGAAACAGCUUGUAAACACGGAAGAGAAAGAGAACCAGGAGGAGGACGAAGAUGAGGCACCUGUAGUAGCUGAGAUUAUAGAUGAACGUCCGGAGGAGGUGAAGCGUUUGGAGGAGUUUAGGACAAGCAAUAGGUGGCGAUUAUUAGGAGCUACAAAUUCUGAAGACUCUCAGGAAGCAUACCAAGACUCCUUUUCUGCACAGAGUAUCGACAAAGACGCUCAAAGGAAACCAGGAAAAUUACGGCAUGAUUCUCCAGAUUCUGCUCCAAGAAAACAUUUUCGCCAUGACUCGCCAGAUCUUUCACCUGCCAGAAAUACCUUCCAUGAUUCACCUGUGAGGAAAAUUCGUCAUGAUUCCCCGGAUCUUUCGCCUGUACGAGAACGUCAUCACAGUCCACCUGGUGUUUCCCCUAAAAGGAAAAAAUCUGACCCAAGAAAAGAGCACCUUGAUUCUCGUUCAUACUCACCUGCACAAAAGAAACGCAGCAGUUCUCCUUCCGAUUUUGUGAAAAGGCAUAACAAAGGCUCCUCACCUUCAAGGAGGAGCCGUCAUGUUGGACAGAGACACGACUCUGACUCAGAUCUCUCUCCAAAAAGAUGCACUUCGAGCCGCUCUCCGGGCUCCGAUCUGUCACCCCCACGGAAACGAUCCCAUCAGAAGAAGACAGGCUCAGAUUCAGAUCUUUCUCCCCCUAGGAGAUCCCAGCGGACUGGGCAGAAUUCAGAUUCUGACCUCUCACCUCCUAGGAGGGUUUCGCAUCACUCCACCGACACAAAGAAGCUUCCACAGAUGCUUUCUGGGGGAGCAGCAGGCCUGGUGUCUGCGGAGGUUCUGCGAAGGGAGAAAGAGGAGAACCGCAAGAGGGACAAGAAGAACCAGCCACUCGAAGAUGAGUCCCACAAUGCAAAGACCGUGUUCCGAGACAAGUCCGGGAAGAGGAGGGACCUGGAGCAGGAGCGAGAGGAGCAGCAGAGGAGGGCAGGCGAACAGGCAGAGAGGGACAGCAAAUACGCACAGUGGGGGAAAGGACUAGCACAGGCUCAGAUGCAGGAACAGAACGUGAAAGAUGCGAUCAGAGAGGCUCAGAAACCACUUGCCCGACAUAUUGAUGACGAGGACCUGGACAAGAUGCUGAGGGAGCAGGAGCGGGAGGGAGACCCCAUGGCGGGAAUGCUGCGCAAGAGAAAAGAAAAACAGGGCAAAGGAGCCAAAGAGAUUCCUCGGUAUAAAGGACCACCGCCUCCACCAAACAGGUUUAAUAUUAUGCCUGGCUAUCGUUGGGAUGGCGUGGACAGAUCAAAUGGAUUUGAGAAACAACGAUACAGCAGAAUGGCAGACCAGAGAGCUGUGCAGGAGAUGGCUUACAAAUGGAGUGUUGAAGAUAUGUAGUGUCCCCCCCCUCCCGCUCAUUGGGACCAGCCUGCAACAUACAUCUUUUUUAAACCUGUAAAAUGAUAUACA